CGCCGCGAUGCCGGGCCCGGCGGGGGCGGCGGGGCGGCGGCGGCGGCGGCUCGGGCCGGGGCGGGCCUAGGCGCGGCGGGCAUGGAGGAGAACGAGGUGGAGAGCAGCAGCGACGCGGCCCCGCAGGCGGCGCGGGAGGAGCCCUCCGAGAGCGGCCUCGGCGUCGGCACCUCGGAGGCCGUGUCCGCAGACAGCAGCGACGCCGCCGCCGCCCCCGGGCUCCUGUCCCGGGCCGACGACUCCGGCGUGGGGCAGAGCUCCGACAGCAGCGGCGUGUCCCUGGAAGAGGUGUCGGAGAGCAGCUCCAGCACGGAUGCGAUUCCCCGGAUUUACCUGCCAGACUCAUCCUCCAUUGCCCAGUCCACCUUGGUCUCCAGCGUCUCCACUGUGAGCCAGUCCAUCAUGGUGUCAGAGUCCCCGCAGGUCCUGGUCCACUCCAGCGUCAUCACUGAUGGAGCCACGAUUGUGUCGGACUCCACGGCGUCCACCUCCUCAGACCUAGGUUCUGCCAUAGACAAAAUCAUCGAGUCCACGAUUGGGCCUGACAUCAUCCAGAGCUGCAUAGCUGUGACCAGUGCCGAAGAUGGCGGAGCAGAGACUACUCAGUACCUCAUUCUGCAAGGGCCUGACGAUGGUGCCCCCAUGGUUUCCCAGAUGGCCACCUCCGCUCUGGCCAGCAGCUUGGCAAUAGAAGCUGUGGCCGAUGGUCCGACCUCCACGUGCCUUGACCAGCCGGGCCCCUCGGAGCCGUCGGAAGCGCUGGAGCUGCGCAUGCAGCCAGAUCAGGUCCGAGAGGCAGACGGUGGUGAGGAACUGGACCAGCCAGACAUGGAGACGCUGGAAGAGAUGAUGGAGGUGGUGGUGGUGCAGCAGUUCAAGUGCAAGAUGUGUCAGUACAAGAGUGUCUCCAAGAAAACGCUGAUCAACCACAUGAAGGAGCGGCACUUCCAGCCAGUGGGUUCAGCUUUGGCUUUGAAGAAAGGACGUCCACGAAAGGGAGGUUCUGCUCCAAAGACUACGGAGGAGGAGGUCCCAGAGGAAGAAGAAGACGAUGAUAUCAUGGAUGCUGGUGCUAUCGAUGACCCCGAAGAGGACAGUGACUAUAACCCAGCUGAGGAUGAGCCCCGCGGGCGACAGCCCAAGUACAGCCGCACCGUUCCCACGUCCAGCGAGGAGAGGCCGCGGCGACGCCCGGGGAGACCCCGCAAGUUUCCUCGCCUGGAGGACAUGUCCCAGGAUGUGCCUGACGGAGAGGAGGUGGAGCCCUUAGUGACGUCCCAAAGCACACCCAGCUGUGAGUUGCAGAAUUCGGAAGCAGCCAGUUCCUCUGGCCUGGAGAACGGGACCAGCGAGAGCCUAGCAGAGCCCAGCAUCAGCCAGUCUGACUCAGAGAACAAGGACCCUUCCUCCAACACUGGCCCCGAGGAGGCAGACGUCGUCCCCAGGAGGCGAGGCCGGCCCUCCCGACGCUUCCUGGGCAAGAAAUACCGCAAGUACUACUACAAGUCACCCAAGCCCUUAAUGAGGCCCUACCUGUGUCGAAUCUGUGGCUCGCGUUUCCUCACGCACGAAGAUCUGCGUUUCCACGUCAACUCACACGAGGCCAAUGACCCACAGCUCUUCAAGUGUCUUCAGUGCAGCUACCGCUCCCGACGCUGGUCCUCCCUCAAGGAGCACAUGUUCAACCACGUAGGCAGCAAGCCCUACAAGUGUGAGGAGUGCAAUUACACCAGUGUGUACAAGAAGGACGUCAUCCGACACUCCACAGUGCACAGUCGGGACAGGAAAAAGAGAGCUGAUCCGCCCCCAAAGCUGAACUCCUUCCCGUGCCCCGUAUGCAACCGCAUCUACCCCAUGCAGAAGAGGCUCACGCAGCACAUGAAGACGCACAGCACGGAGAAGCCGCACAUGUGUGACAAGUGUGGGAAAUCCUUUAAGAAGCGCUACACCUUCAAGAUGCACCUGCUGACGCACAUCCAGGCCAUUGCUAACCGCAGGUUCAAGUGUGAGUUCUGUGACUACGUCUGUGAGGACAAAAAAGUCCUGCUGAACCACCAGCUGUCGCACAUGAACGACAAGCCCUACAAAUGCAGCUUCUGCAAGUACUCCACCUUCCGGGAGGACUUCCUGGUCUCUCACAUGGCAGUCAAGCACACGGGAGGGAAGCCGUUUGCCUGUGAGUUCUGUCACUUCACCACCAAGCACAAGAAGAACCUGCGCCUCCACGUGCACUGCCGCCACGCCGACUCCUUUGAGGAGUGGGCUCAGAGGCACCCUGAGGAGCCACCCUGCCGCCGCCGCCCCUUCUUCACCCUGCAGCAGAUCGAGGAGCUGAAGCAGCAGCACAGCCAGGUGCAGGCCCCGGCUGAGCCUGAGGCCGGUCCGCCGGUCCCUCUUGGCCCCAUCACCUACCAGGCGGUCCAGGCUGUGCCUGGAGCGGAGCCGCCCCUCCUUUCACAGGAUUCCCUGGAGGGAGCCACCAUCAUCUACGAACAAGGCGUGGCUGGAUCGGCAGAACUUGCCACGCAGACUGCCCUGGAUCUUCUGCUGAACAUGAGCACUCAGCGAGAGCUGGCCACAGGCUCGCUGCAGGUGGCAGUAGUGAAGCCAGAUGGUCCAGGAGAGGUACAGACCAGCUGUGAGCCACAGGCACAGGAGGAAGGGGCAGAGCUGGAUUCCUCUGAGCAGCAGCAGAAGUUGGUGACGCUGCACAUGGCAGAGCCCGGGGAGACAUUGGUGCAGGAGGCUUAUGAGGAGGCGACCCUGGGUGGCUCAGAGCUGCAGCAGAUCACUAUUCCCUUUGGUGGCACAACAGAGUACAGCAUCAUCACGCCCAUUAGUGAGGAGAUCCAGGCUCCAGGCACACUGUACAGCGGUGAGGAGGAGAGCCCUGCAGAGACAUCCCGUGCAGUUGUGGUGAGCGAAGCUGUGAUGGCAGAGGCUCUGAAGGACCAUAACAAUCACUACAUCAUGUCACCCGGUGUCCCAGGGAGCCAGCUCCAUCACAUGGAGCCCCUCAGCGGAGAUGCUGCCUUUCCCUUGCCAGCAGAGGGCCAGGAGGCACAGCCAGCCGGCGUCAAGUGGCCCCUGGUGCAGUGUGUCACCAGGCAGCUCCAGAAGGACUCAGCUUUAUCCCCAACCUCUGAAGGGCAGGAAGUCUCAUCCCCAAAGGUCAAGUGGCCUGUGCUCCAAGGCAUGGCCAAGAAGCUCUCGUGCAAGGUUUCUACAGCCAAGAAGCUCUCGUGCAAGAUUUCCACAGCCAAAAAGUUUUCAUGCAAGAUUUGCACAGCCAUGUUCACAGGGAGAGCAGAAAUGGAGAGUCACAAGAGAGCCCACAUUGGGCCCAGCACCUUCAAGUGUCCCGACUGUCCGUUCACUGCAGCCCUCUGGCCAGAGGUCCGGAGCCACAUGGUCCAGCAUGCCAGCCUCCGGCCACAUAAGUGCACCCACUGCAGCUUCGCCUCCAAGAACAAGAAAGACCUGCGCAGACACAUGCUAACACACACCAACGAGAAGCCCUUUGCCUGUCAGAUUUGUGGGCAGAGGUUCAACCGUAACGGGCACCUCAAGUUCCACAUGCAGCGUUUGCACAGCUCAGAGGGGAAGAGGCCGGGGGCACCUGCGGCUGCUGCCCAGCAGACCAUCAUACUGAACAGUGACGAGGACACGCUGGCCACCCUGCAGACGGCUCUGCAGUCAGGCCAGGCGGUGCUGGCUCCUGAGCGGCUGCAGCAGGCUCUGGGGCAGGAGCACAUCAUCGUCGCUCAGGAGCAGAGCAUCACGAGCCAGGAGGAGGCGACGUAUAUCCAGGAGAUCACAACCGCUGACGGCCAGACAGUGCAGCACUUAGUGACGUCUGACAACCAGGUGAGGGGGGCUGCACGAGGCCCAGGAACACACGGGGCUGAGAUGUUCCACGCAGCUGCAGCAGGGACGGCAACAGCAGAGAGACCUGGGGAGAGGUGGGGUGGGAAAAAGCACAGAAGCCAGAGAAGAACCAGCCCUGUUGCGAUGCAUGGAGUGGGCAGUGGUGACCUGCUUCUUGGUUCUGAAUCCCUCUGUUUGCAGGUUCAAUACAUCAUUGCCCAAGACGGUGUACAGCACUUGCUUCCCCACGAGUAUGUUGUUGUCCCAGAGGGACAUCACAUCCAGGUGCAGGAUGGUCAGAUCACCCACAUACAGUAUGAACAAGGCAGCCAGUUUCUCCAGGAACCUCAGAUCCAGUACAUGCCUGUCUCACCUGAGCAGCAGCUUGUCACCCAGGCUCAGCUGGAAGCAGCUGCACAUUCAGCAGUCUCAGCAGUGGCUGAUGCUGCCAUGGCCCAGGCACAAGGCGUGUUCACCACGGAGGCAACAGCCGAGCAGAUUCAGCAGCUGCAGCAGGGAAUCCACUACGAUGUCAUCACGCUGGCAGAUUAACGUUGGGGACAGGCCUGGCUGAUGCUCAGGGACAUCCGUGCUGAGCAGGACAGCGGCACCAGGCAGGAGCCUCUCCAGCCAGCAGUUGCCUUAUUGCUUUGGGGCUACGAGGGACGUGCCUGAGUGCACGCCGGCAAGGGCGUGCAGCCACGCUGCUGUGCGCAGCCAGGGUCCUGCGCAUUCUUCCUGGCACAGGGAGCUGUCUCGAGCAGAGACUGCCGCAGCCAAGGCACCGGGACAGGCUGAGCAGGGGCAGCGCUCCCGUGUAGCCGAUCUCUUUGCCUGUUGCACUUGAUGGUCUGAAAUCCCUUUUCCUGAAUCAUGUCUGUGUGGGCCAAACUGAAAUCAGCGUCUGCCUGGACACAAGGAUCCCGGGAGAGCCGUGGGGCCGAGCACAGCUAGGUGGUACGGUGCGAGACGGGAGGUGUGUUCAGCCUCAGCCCAGUGCUCCCCCUCGGCAGCCUUGGGCGCGAGGGCAGCCUUCCCUCCUUUGGCUCCUCCGGCCUGCAGGCAGGCGGCAGUAGGGCUUUGGACUGGAGGAACCUGAAAUAGGAAGAGGCAGGGGUGGAAUAUGUUCUAUUUUUCUUCUGAAGAGGGAUGGACUCUGCUGCAGAGUUGGUUUGUAGGUGGUUACGGGAGGGGUUCGAUUCUGAUGUUCUCGAGCUUUGAAUAUGCUUAUGAAUAAAAAGGGAUUGAAACCUG